GCGGAAACAACUGUUCAGUGUUUUCCGUAGUCAUCGUUGACUAGCGGGUACCGAGUAGUGGACUACAUCUACACAAAGAAAACCUUUAGUUUCCAUCUUUGUUUCAGUCAUAUUACACAAAAAUGCCGCUUGAGAAUCUAGAGGAAGAGGGUCUGCCCAAGAACCCUGACCUGAGGAUAGCACAGCUGAAGUUUCUGCUCACGAUGGACGGUCACCGACAGGAUGCUAAAGUGAAGACGGAGCUCAUGGAUGCUAUCAAAGCUAACAACAUGGCUCCGUAUUAUGAGGGUUUGUGUAAGGAGCUGAAGUGGCAGCUGGACAGUGACCUGCUGAGUAAAAUGAAAAAGGCCAACGAGGAGGAGCUGAAGCGGCUGGAUGAUGUGCUGGAGGAUGCAGAGAAGAACCUGGGAGAGAGCGAGAUCCGUGACGCCAUGUUGGCCAAAGCUGAAUAUCUGAUCAGGAUUGGAGACAAGGAGGGCGCCCUGACAGCCUUUAGGAAGACUUAUGACAAGACGGUGGCUCUGGGUCAUAGACUAGACAUCGUCUUCUACCUGCUGAGGAUUGGCCUCUUCUACAUGGACAGCGACCUCAUCACACGCAACUCAGAGAAAGCAAAGAGCCUCAUCGAGGAGGGGGGAGACUGGGACCGGAGGAAUCGUCUUAAGGUGUACCAGGGCCUUUACUGUGUGGCCAUCAGGGACUUCAAACAAGCUGCUGAGCUCUUCCUCGACACAGUGUCCACUUUCACCUCAUACGAGCUCAUGGACUACAAGACCUUCGUCACCUACACCGUUUACGUCUGCAUGAUCGCCCUCAAAAGGCCCGACCUCAGAGAGAAGGUGAUAAAGGGAGCAGAGAUCUUGGAGGUGCUGCACAGUCUGCCUGCUGUUCGCCAGUAUCUGUUCUCCCUUUAUGAGUGCCGUUACUCUGUUUUCUUCCAGUCUCUGGCCAUGGUAGAGCAGGAGAUGAAGAAGGACUGGCUUUUUGCACCACAUUAUCGUUACUAUGUGAGGGAGAUGAGGAUCCAGGCCUACAGCCAGCUGCUGGAGUCCUAUCGCUCCCUCACCCUGGGCUACAUGGCUGAGGCCUUCGGUGUCAGCACGGAGUUCAUCGACCAGGAACUUUCCCGAUUCAUAGCUGCUGGCCGACUCCACUGUAAAAUUGACAAAGUCAAUGAAAUUGUGGAAACAAAUAGACCUGAUAGUAAAAACUGGCAGUACCAGGAAACCAUCAAGAAAGGCGACCUGCUGCUCAACAGAGUCCAGAAGCUGUCGAGAGUUAUCAACAUGUAACUGUGGCCAUAUUUUCAUCACAGCAAGGAGACUUGCAUCUUUGUUCUUGGUAUAUCUGACCCUGUAGUUUGUCUGAGAAAGCAACUCUUAUAAUGUGUAAAUAAAAAUUUGUUUAACUGUU